AAAAAAAAAAUACUAACCAUCAGAACCCCAUUCACGUUUGCAAGUAUAACAAGUAACUCCACCUCUAUCACCAAGAAGGGGUAAAAUAGAACCACAAUCAGCACAAAAAUUCGGAUAAUUAGUAAAUAAAAUUGGGUUUUAAUUUUUUUACGUUUCUGAGAUUAGUCAGCAAAAAGAUAAUUAUUUAAAAAAUGAGAUUAUGUCACAUGAUUGCUAGCAUAAUGAUGGGAGUAACAUGGACACAAGCAGUAAAAGGGAAUAAGUUAACGCUGUUCGAUUUCACAACCGCCAGCAAUGUCAAUAGUUGGACAGAAAUAUCAGACACUGUUCGGACCCAGGGAAUGUCCAAAGCAGUGCUGACUUUACAAAAAACUCAAUUAUUCCAACGCGGUAUUUUUUUCACUCUCCUGAACCCUCAGCCAAACGGAGCCGGAUUUGCGGGGGUGCGAAUCCCCGUUAAUUGGGAUCUGACCGAGUACAAUAAUAUCGAAAUAAAAUGCCGCGCCCAGGGUAAUAACGAACAUUACAAAAUCGUCUUAAGACACGAAGGUCUUGCCUCUAAUGAAGAUAUUUCUUACGAACAAACUUUUGACGUUUCAUUGACGGAUAAAGAAUUCACGACAAUAAGUUUACCAUUAAAAAAUUUCAAACCUUAUUAUCGCGGCCGCGAAAUACCCAAUGGAGAUCCUCUAGAUACUGCAAACAUAACGAUGUUUGGAUUACAACUUUAUGGCGGUGUUUACUCUCCAUUUAAACAAUACGGCGUGUCAGCUCUCGAAGUUGAAACAAUUACAGCUGCUAUCUAAACAUCCAGAUCAUCAUCAUUAUUAUUAUUAUUAUUAUUAUAAUCAUUAAUUAUUACAAACAAA